AGCUUCUCCAGCUUUUCCAGUCUUAGUAAACCUCGAAGCUCCCGUCCGAUGGAAAGUCAAUCAUAGAUUUUGAGUAACUGUAACUAGCAGUUUUCCCUUCAAGCCCGAUAAGACUCAUUUGACUCUUCCUUCCAGCCUUCUCACGAAAAAAAACAUAUUAUAUCCUAGUGUCUUUUACCUGUCAAAAUGUCUUUCGGAGGCCAGACCCCCACCAUUAUCGUCCUGAAAGAGGGGACCGAUACCUCGCAAGGAAAAGGCCAGAUCGUGUCCAAUAUCAACGCUUGCCAGGCUGUUCAAGCCACUAUCAAGUCGACAUUAGGCCCCUAUGGCGGUGACCUGUUAAUGGUAGACGAAAAUGGUAGACAGACCAUCACCAACGAUGGCGCAACAGUAAUGAAGUUACUCGAUAUCGUACAUCCUGCUGCCCGUAUCCUCGUCGACAUUGCGAGAUCACAAGACGCCGAAGUGGGAGACGGAACAACAUCGGUAGUCGUUUUGGCUGGUGAAAUACUCAAGGAGAUUAAAGAACAUGUUGAGCAAGGUGUCAGUUCUCAAAUCAUCAUCAAGGGUCUACGGAAAGCCUCCACCAUGGCCGUCAAUAAGAUCAAGGAAAUCGCCGUCAGGACAGACGAAUCGAAUAAGCGGGAAACUCUUAUUAAACUAGCCGGUACGGCCAUGACCAGCAAACUAAUCAAGAAAGAUACCCCAUUUUUCACCAAGAUGGUGGUGGAUGCUGUGUUAUCCCUAGACCAAGACGACCUGAACGAGAAACUCAUCGGCAUCAAGAAGAUUCCAGGUGGCUCCUUAACCGAGUCUCUAUUUGUUAAUGGUGUUGCCUUCAAGAAGACCUUCUCGUACGCUGGUUUCGAGCAGCAACCUAAAUCAUUCACCAAGCCCAAGAUCGUCUGCCUGAACGUCGAGCUGGAGCUGAAGGCCGAGAAGGACAAUGCUGAGGUUCGAGUCGAGCAGGUUUCCGAGUACCAGGCUAUUGUUGAUGCCGAGUGGCAAAUCAUCUACAAGAAGCUUGAGGCCAUUCACCAGACAGGCGCAAAAGUGGUACUCUCUAAACUACCUAUUGGAGAUUUGGCCACUCAAUUCUUCGCUGAUCGCGAUAUAUUCUGCGCUGGUCGUGUCGCCUCCGAAGACAUGGAACGAGUUGUCCAAGCCACCGGCGCCACUAUACAAUCCACCUGCUCCGAUAUCCAACCCCACCACCUCGGCACAUGUGGCUCCUUUGAUGAACGCCAGAUUGGUGGCGAACGCUUCAACUUCUUCGAGGACUGCCCGGAGGCCAAGACGUGCACGUUGGUCCUCCGUGGUGGUGCUGAGCAGUUCAUAGCUGAAGUAGAGCGAUCCCUACACGAUGCCAUCAUGAUCGUUAAGCGUGCUAUCAAGAACCACAUGAUUGUGGGUGGCGGUGGUGCCUGUGAAAUGGAGAUAUCGGCGUAUCUACACCGCUUUGCUGAUAGCGAUAUUCCGCAUAAGCAGCAGGGCAUUAUCAAGUCCUUCGCCAAGGCGCUCGAGGUUAUUCCUCGCCAGUUAUGUGACAACGCUGGAUUCGACGCUACCGACAUCUUGAAUAGACUACGCGUCGAGCACCGAAGGGGUCGCGUCUGGGCCGGUGUUGACUUUGCUAAUGAAGGUGUUGCCGACAUGAUGGAAAGAUUCGUCUGGGAGCCUGCCUUAGUCAAGACCAACGCCAUACAGGCGGCAACCGAGGCUAGCUGCUUGAUCCUAGGCGUUGACGAGACGAUUCGCAACGAGGAGAGCGCACAGCCACAAGGGCCAAACCAGCCGCUACCCCCUGGAACAGCACAGCGGGCAUUGAGAGGGCGAGGACGAGCUAUUCCCCGGCGGUAAAUGUGAUCUAAGGGAGGCAUGUUCAAUGAAUAAAGGGGCGCAUCGGUGAUGUAUGAUACCUCAAAAGGCUAUGCAUGCGGAAUAUAGAUGACUUGAAAGGAAAAAAGCGCCUUUUUAAGAUUUAUACCUUGCUAUGCCUUCUAUGCAACUAAGUGUCUGUCUGUCUGUUUGUCUACGAGAGGCACUGAAAUAUCCUUGCCUGCCUGCCUGCCUGCCUAGGUAAUCUAGGUAACCUAACCUAGUGUUAGGGCUGCCAUCGUAACAUGAAAAGUUGGAUAUUACAUGACGGCUCCGUAUCUUUGGGGGUAUGUUAGAACUUGCCACGCUUAAAUUCCAUCUCUCCAUGUUCCAAUCAACAAUCCACCCAGGCUAGAGUCUUUUAGAUCCUGGUAUUGAGUUGUGUACUUUGUGCUC